AUGAUGGAUUUGAAGGACGACAACUCCAUGUUUUUCCAGUUUGGUCCGUCCAUUGAGCAGCAGGCCUCCGUCAUGUUGAACAUCAUGGAGGAGUAUGACUGGUACAUCUUCUCCAUAGUCACUACGUACUACCCUGGCCACCAGGACUUUGUCAACAAGGUCCGCAGUACCAUCGAUAACAGCUUCGUGGGCUGGGAGCUAGAAGAAGUCUUCCUACUGGACAUGUCAGUGGACGAUGGAGACUCCAAGAUUCAGAACCAGCUAAAGAAAUUGCAAAGCCCUGUUAUUCUGCUCUACUGCACUAAAGAGGAGGCGACCACUAUCUUCGAGGUGGCCCAUUCUGUGGGCCUCACAGGUUAUGGCUUCACCUGGAUCGUGCCCUCGCUGGUGGCUGGAGAUGCAGACCACGUUCCCACAGUCUUCCCUACAGGGCUUAUCUCUGUGUCAUAUGACGAAUGGGACUACAACAUCGAGGCCAGGGUACGUGAUGCAGUGGCUGUCAUUGCCACAGCGACCUCCACCAUGAUACUGGAUCGGGGGCCACACACCUUACUGAAGUCAAGCUGCCUCGGGACACCUGACAAAAAGAGUUCCAACACUGGCCACUCCAAGGAAAUACUAAAGUACCUCAUGAAUGUGACAUUUGAAGGCCGAAACCUGUCAUUCAGCGAAGAGGGUCACCAGAUGUUCCCCAAACUGGUCAUCAUUCUUCUAGACAAGGAUAGACAAUGGGACAGGGUUGGCAAGUGGGAGAGAGGCUCCCUGACGAUGAGGUACCAUGUGUGGCCUCGCUUUGAGCUGUAUUCUGCAGCGGAGGAGCAGGAGGACCACCUGUCCAUCGUAACUCUGGAGGAGGCGCCGUUUGUCAUUGUGGAGGACGUGGACCCACUCAGUGGGACCUGCAUGAGGAACACUGUGCCGUGCCGCAAACAGCUCAAACUCACCAAUCAGACGGGUGAUUCAGGGAUUUACAUCAAACGCUGCUGCAAAGGUUUCUGUAUUGACAUCCUGAAGAAGAUUGCUAAGACAGUCAAGUUUACUUAUGACCUCUACCUGGUCACCAACGGCAAACAUGGCAAGAAGGUGAAUGGGACAUGGAACGGCAUGGUCGGGGAGGUGGUGUUGAAGAAUGCCCACAUGGCAGUGGGUUCACUCACCAUCAACGAGGAGAGGUCAGAGGUCAUUGACUUCUCUGUGCCCUUCAUUGAGACGGGCAUCAGUGUCAUGGUCUCCCGUAGCAACGGCACCGUGUCCCCCUCCGCCUUUCUUGAGCCCUUCAGUGCUGAUGUCUGGGUGAUGAUGUUUGUGAUGUUGCUGAUGGUGUCGGCCGUGGCUGUGUUUGUGUUUGAGUACUUCAGCCCGGUGGGUUACAAUCGCUGCCUGGCAGAUGGGCGAGAGCCCGGCGGUCCCUCCUUCACCAUCGGUAAGGCCGUCUGGCUGCUUUGGGGUCUGGUUUUCAACAACUCUGUCCCCGUGCAGAAUCCCAAAGGUACCACCAGUAAGAUCAUGGUGUCAGUGUGGGCCUUCUUCGCUGUCAUCUUCCUGGCCUCCUACACUGCCAACCUGGCUGCCUUCAUGAUCCAGGAGGAGUAUGUCGACCAGGUGUCGGGCCUGUCAGAUAAAAAGUUCCAGAAGCCAAACGAAUUCUCGCCGCCAUUCCGGUUCGGCACGGUGCCCAAUGGGAGUACAGAGCGCAACAUCCGCAACAACUACCGGGACAUGCAUGCUUACAUGACCAGCUUCCACCAGAAGAAUGUAGAUGAAGCGCUGUACAGUCUGAAGACCGGCAAACUGGAUGCCUUCAUCUACGACGCUGCAGUGCUGAACUACAUGGCGGGCAGAGACGAGGGCUGUAAACUGGUCACCAUCGGGAGCGGCAAGGUUUUCGCCUCCACCGGCUACGGCAUCGCCAUCCAGAAAGACUCCGGCUGGAAACGAGCUGUGGAUCUGGCCAUCCUCAUGCUGUUUGGAGACGGUGAGAUGGAGGAGCUGGAGGCCCUGUGGCUGACGGGCAUCUGCCACAAUGAGAAGAACGAGGUGAUGAGCAGCCAGCUGGACGUGGACAACAUGGCGGGGGUCUUCUACAUGCUCGGGGCCGCCAUGGUUCUGUCAUUAAUCACCUUCAUCUGUGAACAUUGGUUCUACUGGCAGCUGCGCUUCUGCUUCAUGGGCGUGUGCUCGGGACAGCCCGGGGCCACCUUCUCCAUUAGCAGAGGUAUCUACAGCUGCAUCCAUGGGGUACAAAUUGAGGAAAACAAGUCAACUAUAGACUCACCCUCAGCCACCAUGAAGAAGAACAUGAACAACACCCACUCCAACAUCCUGCGGUUGCUCCGCACAGCCAAGGACAUGACCGCCGUCCCGGGCAUUAACGGCUCUCCGCAUGCUGCCCUGGAGUAUAGCCACAGCGGCCGUGACUCGGCUAUCUAUGAUAUCCAGGAGCACCGGCGCAGCUUGGUGGGUCACCCUGUCGACUGCAAGUCAGCGCCGCCCUACCUGCCAGAGGACAACAUGUUCAGUGACUACAUCAGCGAGGUGGAGAGGACUUUUGGCAACUUGCCCCUGAAGGACAGCAACCUGUACCAGGACCAUUACCUGCACCACCACCCGGCCUCGGCUCUGGGUAUGUCCGGCCCCCCCCCGAAUAGGCCGCGUAGCUUAGGCAGCGCUAGCUCGUUGGAGGGGGGCAUGUUCGAUUGCGACAGUUUGGGGGGAGGGGUAGCGCCCAUCUUCACCACCCAGCCCCGCCCCUCCAUGACUCACAGGAAUACCAAUAAGUUUGACCUGAUUGCUGGCCACACCCCUGCGGAUUCCAACCAGGGUGGGUUCAAGGGAAGCAAUGUGUACGGCAGGUUUUCUUUCAAAGGAGGCGCCUCCAGCACGGGGCUCAUCGGGGGUCAUGACAGGUACUGUGGUGGGGGUGGGGCAGGCUCAGGGGGGGACGAUGGGAACAUUCGCUCUGAUGUUUCGGAUAUCUCCACGCACACUGUCACCUACGGCAACCUGGAGGGCAACAACAAGCGGCGUAAGCAGUACAGGGACAGCCUGAAAAAGAGGCCAGCUUCGGCCAAGUGCAGACGGGAACAGGACGAGAUAGAGCUGAGCGGCCUCAGGAGAAGAGCCCACCACCACACCGUCCACCACCACUUCCCCCACGGGCCCCUGGCACACCGCACGGUCUCACCUCCCCUGGAGCGGAAGAGGGGAGGAGGAGGGGGUAAUUCUUCACCUUACUUAUUCCGCAAAGAUAAAGAGAAUCUGAGGGAUUUCUAUGCGGACCAGUUCCGCUCCAAGGAGGGCAAGGCCAAGUGGGAGCAAGAGGGUGGAAGUGGAGGAAGCGGUGUAGGCGGUGGUAGCGGUGGUGGUAUCUGUAAAAGCUUAGUACCUGUAGAAGACUUCCUCAAAGGUAAAGGCAAGAAGCCGGAGUGUAAAGGUGGGCUUGGCUCAGUGUCGGCAGGACAGCAGGCCCACACCUGCUGGGAGAAGGGGGUUUCUGGGCUAGGAGGGGGAGGCAUAGCAGGGGGUGAUUGGGAGUGUCGUAACUGUCACAAUGUGUGUCACCACGGUGGAGGCGUAGGAGGAGGCGGCACGUGCCAGGCUAGCGGGGUUGGGGGAACCACCAGUCGCCCCAGCUCUGCUAGCUGCAAGCGCUGUGACUCCUGUAAGAUGCAGCCAAGUAACCUGUACAACAUCAGCGAGGAUAAUAACAUGGUGUUUGCUGGAGUGAAGAGUAGCGUAGGACCCAGCCAACCACAAACUCAGGCACAGCGCAGGAAGCUAGGGCCGGGUGGGAGGGUGUUAAGGAGGCAACACUCAUAUGACACAUUUGUGGACCUGCAGAGGGAGGGAGCAGGCCGCAUGGGAGGGAUUGGAGGGGGUGUUGGGGGGCAGUUCGCCCAACCCCGGAGUGUGAGCUUGAAAGACAAAGAUCGCUUCAUGGAGGGCCCCAGCCCCUACGCUCACAUGUUUGAGAGGUAUUCAAGUGACAGGGAGCCCUCCAUGUUUGGAGGAAUAGGCGGGGAUAGGGCAAAAGGAGGCUCCUCCUUCAGUUUGUUCCGAGGAGGCGAAGGUGGGUUGCAUCAGCGGUCGGUGGGGGAGAGAGACCUGAGGGACAGAGAUAGAGCUAUGAUGGGAGGUGGGGGCUGUGGUGGUGGUGGUGGUAGUGGUGGUAGCAGAGGGGCCGGGACUUACUCCUUGUCUAAAUCUCUCUACCCAGAUAAGGUGAACCAGAACCCCUUCAUCCCAACCUUCGGCGACGACCAGUGUCUUUUACACGGCGCCAAACCGUACUACAUCAAAAAGCCACAGACGCAGCAACAGCAGCAGCAGCAGCAACUUCUCAACAACAGCCGAGGAGGAGGGGACUUCCGCGGCUCCAUCGGAGCGACUUCCUAUUUGCCCGCGUCAGCCACAGCUGGGGUGAUGUCCAAUGUGGCCCCCAGGUUCCCCAAAGAGCUGUGUCUGGGCGGGGUGGGAGGGCCCAUGGGCAACCACCACGGGGCCAACAAGCUACUGCCUGGGGGCAGAGACACAUUAGGUUUGGGGCAGGGACAGAGACCCUUCAACGGUGCCAGCAAUGGACACGUUUAUGAAAAGCUCUCCAGCAUUGAGUCAGACGUCUGAGGGUGAAGACGGGGUAAGAAAGAGAGGGAGAAGAUGAAGUGGGUGAAGAAAAGAGGGAGGGAAACAUACAGAUGCUGAUGACCUCUCUGUGUGAAGAGAAUGAGGAGACACAAUACUGUGUGUGUUGUUCUCACUCCACUCAAUGGGAAGAAUUUGGACGAUGCGCAGAGGCCACUGCAGGCUAAGUUGUGAAAUCCGGCGGGAGACAAGUUUUUA